CGAACUUGCUAUGUACCAGGGUGUGCCAUGCGAUUACGAUGAAGACGAAGUGGAUUUUGACGUGCUCGGAUGGUGGAAGCGGAACGAACACAUGUUCCCAUGUCUCGACAUGCUAGCAAGACAAGUGUUAUCCGUUCCGGUAUCAACCGUAGCAGUUAAACGAGAAUUCAGUGCUAGCGGCAACAUUCUAACCGACUUUCGAAGUUGUCUUAGCGCUGAAUCUCUUGAAACACUUGUUUGCAACCAAGAUUGGCUCUUGGCAAGACGUCGAGCUCAAGAGUCAACGUACCAACUCGAAUUGGAGCAUUACAUGAAUGCAACAACAGAUGGAAGUCCGAGUUCUGAAAAAUAAGUUAUAAUUUUUUUUGUUAAUGUAAAUAUGAGCAUUGAAGUCCAAGAAAGCUGUGGGAAACCAUGCCAAAUGUAGGACUUCUCUCUUCCCCGCCCGCCGGAAGCCAAGCCGCCCGCCUACCUCUGGUUAUCAAUCGUUUACUCAUUAUAAGCUAUAAAUUAUAUAUACUCCGUAUGAUUUUUGCAAGAAAUUACAAAGCUCGAU